AUGGGCAAGCUAAUCAAGAACCACUGGGCGCGCCUGGUCAUUCUGACAGCUGCUGCAUACCAAAUAGCCGCCGCCCUAGAGUCCUUUUUCUGGCCCAAGAUCUUCUGGGACUUCCUCACGAAAAACCUCGACUCGGCCGUGAAGCCGUUCCCGAUCCUGCAAAUCAUCAACCUCCUGCUCGGGCUCCUGGGCUUGAUGUGGGAGUGGCCGUUGCCCUUGCUCGCAGGCACAGGCUUGCACCGCUCGAUCGAAGCACGCUUGAUCGUAUACCCUUUGAGCGCACUGUGCGCGCUUCUGAUCUACCAGGGCACAAACUCGGGACUGUACUACAUCAUCGGCAUGGGAGCGUACUUUUGGGCGUUCAGUGAAGGCGAGAUUGUGUGCCCCGAGCCCUGGACAUUGCCGAAGAGAAGAUCGAUGGCCCAGAAGCUGAUAGCGUAA